AUGAAGCCUGUUAUUUUAAAAAAUUGUUAUUCAGAAUUUAGUUUGGAAGAGCAAGUAGCAUUUUCCAGUGAUGAUACUACAGAUACUACUUUUACAAAAAUAAAAUCAAGUAAAGGUCAUAAAGAAAAAAAAUCAAAUUUAUAUUUUAUUUCAAAAAAUAUAAAUACAAAAAGAAAAAAAAGAUUCCAAGAUUUAUCGGUCCUAGAUGAUUUCAAGCUCAUACUAUUUGGAUGCAUGGGAAUAAGAACGUACAAGAUGGUUUAUUGUUUUUAA